AUGGUGUUGACAGAUCGACAACGGGGGGACCUCCAUGCAGCUAUUUUUGAAUACUUGCUGUCUCGAGGAGAUGAAGGUUUUCAAAAAGCAGCGGAGUUAUUAAAGGAGGCGGAUCCUGACUCUUGCACCGGCAAGGAGCCAUUGGAACCUGGGAAAACGCCUCUCCUGGAGAAGAAAUGGACGGCUAUACCGCGUUUGCAACGCAAGGUUUUGGAGUUGGAGCGUACGGCUGCUCAAAGUGCCAAAAUCCACGCCCAUCGUGCUGGAACCCCAGCUACCUCGGAAGCCACUGGUGCAGGAAAUAGGCGAAUGCUCCCCCGACUACCCUGUACGCACACUCUUGAAGGACAUGCUGCCGUUGUGACUUGUGUCAAGGUGCAUCCUGUAUUUACCGUGGCCGUCAGUGGGUCCGAAGAUGGAACAAUAAAGGUUUGGGACCAUGAAAGUGGAGACUAUAUUAAGACACUGAAGGGUCACACCCACACGGUAACCGACGUUGCCUUCACUCCGAAAGGGUCACAUAUGGCAUCCUCUUCCGUGGAUCUAUCCAUCAAAUUGUGGAAUUUCAGUACCUACGUCUGCCUACGCACUCUUCGAGGACACGACCACACCAUUUCCAGUAUCCAAUUCCUACCCUCUAAAAUGCUCGAAACUUCCACUGGUUCCAGAACCACCGAAUCUGCCACAACCACUGGACUCGAUGCGGAAAAGGAUGGGGCAACCCAUCUCAUUUCUGCCUCCAGGGACAAAACUGUCAAACUUUGGCAUGUCGAAACUGGAUUCUGUGACCAUACAUUCCAAGAUCAUACAGACUGGGUGCGAUGCUUGGCUGUAAGGCAAUCAGAUGGAAAAGUCUGGGCAUCGUCGGGGAAUGAUCAAGUCAUCUAUGUAUACGACAACACCAAAGCUAAGAUCGGGGAAUUGAGAGGCCAUGAUCAUGUUGUUGAGAGCCUCGCAUUUAUCACGGAAGAAGCAUUUCCAAAGGCAAACAGAGAAAACAAACACAACGAGACCGUCCGUGACUACUUGGCAUCGGGGAGCAGAGAUAGGACUGUGAGAUUAUGGAAGGUCUCCUCGGGUGAAUGCCUUGCAACCUUCAGUUCCCAUGAAAAUUGGGUACGCAGCCUGCUCAUUCAUCCCAAUGGAAAAUAUAUCAUUAGUUGUGGCGAUGAUCGAUCGAUUCGAGUCUUUGACAUUCAGGCCAAAAGAUGCCUUCGGACCUUGGAGCAUGCGCAUGACCACUUCGUUACAUCCUUGGACAUGCAUCACACACUCCCCAUUAUGGUUUCCGGUGGCGUCGACCAAACAGUGCGGUGUUGGAUGUUGGACUAG